AUGGGGACCCUGGACAUUAGGUGGCCAGAGGUGUGGCGCCUGGUCCAGCGAUUACCGGCUCAUCAGCGAAGCGAACUUCUUGCUCAAGUCGAGGCUGCCGCAUUGCUACUGCUGCACUUGCGGGACGAUGCACUGAAGAGGCAAUUGGAAGAUGACAACAAGUUGCAAAAGUGGCUGAGAGAGCUGUUGUUGCAACUGCCAACAGCAUAUGAAUGCCACUCCACCGAUGUAACCCCUCUCCCUGAGACUCUGCAAAAGCUGCUACUGAGGGUCUUUUUGCGGCUGUCGAGGCUGCAGCUGGUCGAUCAUGAGCUGCAGCAACUGAUCGCCUUGCCGUGUUCGGCCUGCCUGGAUGUGUGUCUAUGCUGGGAAGCAGCAGAUCCGGCGUUGUGUUGUGAAGUCGCUGCUACUCUGCUGGCCUCGCUGAAGCCCACAAAGCGACAACGGCUUGCGACAGAAGUGCGAGAGUCUGUUCUCUGUACAAUUGAGGCUUCCGUGAGAGCCUUACAUGCUUUAAGCCGACGACCAGAUUCACCUUUGGUGUAUUCGCCACUGACGACGAUAGGGGGAGACGGGGCUUCGUCACCUUGGCAGGAGGCUGCUGCUUCGACUUUGCAACCUUUGAUAGAGGCCCUCGCAGUUUUACGUGUAGCCACAUGCUGUCUGCCGGUAUCAUUUGCACUGGAGUUGUGGGAUGGGCUACAAAAUCGGGAUAGAUCGGUGCCCACCGUGGAAGCAAUGCUGAACUCAAUCAAAGAACCGGAUGUCUCUACCCAGCCGCCUUUCUCGGCUCCGCUUAGAACCAUCUGCGCAGCACUCGGUUGUUCGACGGACGGCGGCACCACAGAGUGUAUCGUCAGCGACUUGGAGGUUAGCGGGAUUCGCUGCUUAUUGCAGCAGUGGCGCUUGGCCGAUGUAAACGAGGAUCAGGUAGAUUACAUCGACUCAAUUUUGUCCACUUCCAAGACCGGUGAAGGUGAAAGCACGCAACAGCCGGCUGCUCCCCUUGAAGAUAAGACUUCGCUGGUUCUGACUCCAGAAGAUACGAGAACUGUACGGGAAGACUUGGCGUUCAGGCAACUGCAAGAGAUGCUCCCCACUUAUGGGCCAGGAUUCUUGUAUUUGGCGCUCCGUGAGUUGCGAGGAAAUGCAGACGAGGUAGUAUCUCUUUUGAUGGAAAACAUGGAGCCUGCCAACCUGCGAUCCGUCCCAAUUCAGGCGACUCUUCAAGAUGCGUCGGACUUUAUAGAGCAAGAGAAGCACGGCGAAGUUCCGCUUGUGAGCAGAAUACCGGAGAGCGCCGACAUAAAGCGCCAGGUCCUUGCUCUUGCGAGAUGGGACGCAAACCCUUGUGUACGCAGCGAGCUGGCCGCUUCUGAGGCUUUGGAGGGCAACGAAGACACAAACAGUUCGCUCUACGAUGAUGAUGCAGACGAAGAGCUUCUAGCCGAGGCUGCGGCCAGCCGGUGGAACCCUGCAGAAUGUUAG